AUGAGUGGGCUACUGCUGAAGAGACGUGAAUCAGGAGGUGUGGGAACUCUAUGUGAAGUAGUCUACGCCAUUGGCACCCAAGAAGGUGUCGAUACUUAUGAUCUAUUGAAGAAGUGGAAGAUUGUCUGUAUACGGGGAAUGAAGUUUCUGGAUUGGUAUGUGAAAAUAGCAGUAGGUUCUGCUUUGAUUGGAGCUUCCAUGGAGUUGUUCAUGAACAAGACCGGUUUCUAUGAUAAAGUGACUGUUCUGGAGUCAGAGAAGCGGGCAUGGGAGAGCUCCCCUGAAGCUCAGGCAAUCAGAGAAGCACUGGAUCCUUGGAGAAACCAUGAUGCAGAAGCAAGAAAAAGCUCCUAAGUUUUAUAUAAUCAAUUCAAUUAGCCAAGAACGUAGCUGAGCUUAAAAAAACAGCCCUUAAUGUCAAUGCUGAUAUGUUAGAUGCAAUGGUUGUGGAAGCAGCUCAAAUCCUGAAUUGCCUGGAUUUUAUGAUCUCCCAGUAUAUGAAUAAUCUUCAAUUGAAUCAAAUCUAAAAUAAUAUUACUUGGUUGGAGGAACACCUAACCAAUCCUUUGAAGCCAUCUACAAAAAUAAUGUGAACAACCUCCUUCUGUUAAUGGUUUCGUAACGCCACAGCCCCUCAGGGACGUCCUGUGAAUAUUCUUUGAUAUUUUUCUAAAAAUUUCCUUCUCUGACUGCCUUAACUUCUUUAA